AUGCCAUUUCGAGCACGGUGUAAUCCGACAUGCUUAGUCAGGCGUCAAAAUGCUUUGUUGGCCAUAAGGAGAGGGAUCAUAGUGCCUAGAUCGAGAUUAGGAGGAAAUGCAGGAUCCGUUACUCCUGUAUCGACUGGUUUCGCUCGACAUAAUUCCACUUCAUCACUAUUCUCACCUCUCACAUCGUUCUUCUCCCGUGUCAAGGGACCCUCAGGUCCUUCACCCGAGCAAGCCUCGUCCGACUUCACCUCAUCGCUCGCGUCAUCACAGAUCGAUAAGUUGCAGUCCGCCUACAAUGUCAUCAUCUCAUCACCUAACGCAGGACAGUAUCUAUCAGAAGAACAGCUAAUAGAAGCAAUGCGGUUUUUGAUGGAACUAAAUUCCUCUCAGUCAUUAGGGCUUCUACAGAGGAUAUAUCAGGAUCUACCUGAUGGAUUCGGAUACGCAAUCACUCCUGAACAUCAAAAAUUACUGAUCACAAGUCUAUGUAAUAGUGGAUCAGUAAAUGAUGCUUUCGAUUGGGCUCAAACCAUGUCUCCCCAGUCUGUGGAUUGGCGAAUACUCCUUCAGACAGCUUCGAAACACGAUCCGUCCCUUGUUGAACCUAUUGCGACUCAUGCUCGUCAACACUCCUCACUCGACCAUACAGAUUAUGCUCUCUUGAUCCGCUCUAUCCGUAACUCGCAUUCCACUUCAACACGGUCCAGAACCAUUGCCAAGCUGGACGACCUACUGGUGGAACUGGAAGAAAAUGGAGUCGUACUGGAUUGGUCUACUCAAGCUGAAUUGAUGCGUUUAUAUAUCUCUUUAGGUGAAUUAGAAAAAGCGAAUGAGAUCGCGACGAGUUGGGAUAUGUCAAAUAUCCCUUCUCCCGGGACGUGGAAUGCUAUUGCUGAACUCUACAUCGCUAGAGGAGAUACUGAUCUAGUGGAAGAAACAAUAGGAAGGAUGAAGGAUAAAGGUCUUUCAGCUCCGCAAAAAGCUUUGACAUUCCUUUCUUUGCAAAAUCUUCAAUCACAAAUCAGCUCAAAAUCUACAGUCGGUCUUUCUGAUAUCAUUGGAUCUAUAGAGUCAGCUGAAAGAGUCUGUGAUAUCCCUGCCUCAUCUGAUGUAUGGGCCGAAAUCGUACGAUUGUAUCUAUCAGAAGUCAAAUCGCAUGAUUCACUGGAUAUAGCCAUGGAAGUAUAUCAUGAAGUCCUAUCAAGAGGAAUCGAGGUAUCAGCAGAACUAGCAAGAAAUAUAAUCAUCCCAUUAUGCAAUAUUCGAAAAACGUCAAGGUUACCAGACGCUAUGAGGAUAUAUGAUGAUUACCUAUCUUCAAGUAACGCUUUACAUAAUCGGAGAGAGAAAUCAAGAUUUUCAACUGUUUAUCAAUAUUUAUUAGUUGCUUGUUCAAAAUCCAAACCACCUUCAACCAUUAUAGCUAUUAGGUUAUUAUCAGAUAUGAGAAACCAUCAAAUUGAGAUCACUUCGACUAAUUUGAUAUCAUUAUUGAUAAUGUUAAUGAAGUCAUCCGAAGAUCAUCCAAGUGCUUUCAACGUAUAUGCACAUUUCUACGCCUUAUCACCUGGAUUAAUUGAUGAAUCAGGCUAUCAAGCUAUUUUAACUACUUUUCUGAACCUCUCUUGGGAGCGAUCGCCCUAUCCGCCGCCAGAGUAUUUCAUUGGAAUGCUAAAAGAUAUGCAUAAAGCAGGAUAUCAACCCGGCUCACAUAUUCUAGCUGGUUUACUGAAACAAUAUGGAUAUCAAGCUACUAGAUUACGUCGGAAAGCAAGAUCGGCAACAAUAUCUUCUACAUCUUCUACAUCAAUAUCUACGAUCAAUCACGAAGACGGGCCUGAAUUGAGCGUAGAAGAACAAUUAGAUAAUUUAGGACAAUCAAUUCGAGAUAUACAUACUUUAAUCAAGUUGGAUCCAUUGAUAUCACCUGAUAUACCACUCUUAUCGUCAUUGAUGGAUUCCUAUGCUAGGGCGGGAGCGUUUUCGGAGUGUUUCGAAGUUUGGGAUGAAUUGAUUCAACGCAGACCAAGAGAAUCAAUCACGACAGUCAAACAAUCUUACGCAGCUUCGAUAAACGUGGUUUUAGAUGCUUGCGGUUGGAGUUAUUCCUUACAAAGAGGAAGAAAAGCUUGGAACUGGGCAAAAAGGUGGAAUUUGAUCUGGGAGAAAAAACAUUACGAUUCUUGGUUGGAAUGUUUAUGUAGAAAUGGCCAAUUGGAGGAAGCUGGUAUGAUUAUUUUCGACGAAAUGGGCAUCGACAAUGUACCGCCGCCAGAUAAGGAAAGUGCUAGGAUAGUCUUGAGGUUCGGUAGAAGGGAGAAUGACCAUGGUAGGAGUAGAGAGGAAGUUGGCCAAUUUGUCGAAAGGUUGAAGGAGCAAAAGAAGGAUUGGUUCGAGGAGUUGAAAGCGGAAGGUGAAUUGGAAGGACGUUGA